AUGCACCUCUCAAGCCUCCUCGUCACCGCCCUCAUCUACGUCUCGGGUGGUCUAGCAGAUUGUUACACCACCGGAAGAAAAAGUUCUUUCCAAAGCGUCGCAAACCACGCAUCGGCGCUCUGUAGAGAUUUCUUCUCGGGCGGCUACGCUCCGCGCGAGAGCAGACGCCGCUGUAUUCUCGACGACGAGGGCAAAAGAUGGGAUUUUGAAGUCAGGGUUAGUGCAACCAUCUUCCCCGCCUUACGUCUUUUCUUCCCAGUCUGGAAGUAA